AUGCUGGCAGCUUGCUUUGAAUCAACUUGGUUUGUGGGACUGGCACAUGCCGUCCCGGACUUGCUGGGCAAGUUUAAGAGCUUGUUAGAUGAUUACAGCUCGCUCAAAAGCGACUACGAAGAGGUUAAAGAAGGCCGAGAAAAAUACAAACGACAGGCCAGAGGCCAGGACCGUAACCCUUUUGUUCUUGUUCUUGUAGACGGAGACGGAUAUCUGUUCAAAGAGCAUUUCCUCAGGCAUGGUAGCGAAGGUGGCAUUAAUGCAGCCCGCGAGCUGAGUGACUCUGUCAAAGAACUUAUGCAUUCGACAAUGGGAAUGCAGGCAGAACAGUGUCGUAUCAUGGUCCGUGUCUAUGCAAACGUUCUCGGUUUGUCAAAGGCGCUAGCUCGAGCUGGGCUUAUGGGCCAUGAGGCUCGGUCCAUGUCACCAUUUACUUCGUCAUUUACCCGUGCGCAGGAACUUUUCGAUUAUGUCGAUGCUGCAGAGAAGAAAGAAGGCAGUGAUUUCAAGAUCAGAGAAAUGUUUCGUCUCUUUGUGGACCUCAAUCAAUGCCGCCAUAUCUAUUUUGCCGGCUGCCACGACACUGGAUACGGCUCCCUGCUGACGCCCUAUAGAGGCAGAAGUGACCGUAUCACCCUCAUCAAAGCUGCUGGUUUUCAUCGUGAAUUCGAGGCCUUGGAUCUCCCUAUCCGAGAAUUGCCUUCGGUGUUCAUGUCUACUCCUCUAGUUAACAGCAAACCGCCUACGGGCCCGGCUGCGUCUGCGUCUCCCACUGCGGCCAAAUUCAAUGGUGGAAACGGUGUGCACCACCUUUCUAAUGGCGCAAACGGCGCGAAUGGUGGGAAUACUACCAAGCCAGUCUGCAAGCACUUCCAGAAGGGUAUUUGCAAGUUCGGCAAUGGCUGCAAUAAGCAACAUGUUAUGCCUAACCAGUCAAUGAACCAUCAGCCACCUCCUAAGCAUCCGGGUUCAGGCGAUUCACCUAAACAGCUGUGGUCUUCCCCUACAGUUGUCGGCCGCUCGGAGGAUUUCCUUAGAUCCAUGCUCCCAUUGCCGAGCAUCAAGACAGAGGAAUUCAUUCCAGUCAAUAAAGACGGCGACCGUAUCGACCCAUACUAUCCCCACCCAUCGCCUGAGGCAUUUGAUGAAUAUCACGCUCGAGCCAAGGAGCACAAAGUCUGCAAUAGCUACCAUUUGUCGGGAGAAUGCGGUGAUAUGAGCUGUACCUAUGACCACAGCGAUGUCUCUGACGUGAUCAUUGAGGUUUUGCGGUACAUGCUCCUCCAACACCCCUGCACUCGGGCCGGGGCUUGCCGAUCGAUCAAAUGUUACAUGGGUCACCUAUGCCAGAAGCCCGGUUGCAAGGCCGUGAAGAGCUGGCAAUGUCGAUUCAACCAAACCGCUCACACUCUUGAUCUUCAAACCGCUCGAUGGGACGUGCCAAGCGACCAGAGCGAAAUCGAUCAAUGGUCCGUCAGUGACGAUUCUACUGGAAAGGGGUUGUCGCCUAUGUAUUUCUAA